GUCUUGCUUCCUGCACCCAUGGCUCCGUCCGCGGCCGCGAGCCCGCCCCCGCGCUGGUUCACCACGCGCGGGACCGCGAAGCUCCCGCCCUUCCCCGACACGUGGCCCGCGGCUCUGUUGCGCCUCGCGCGGCUCGGGGCUGCGGCCGGAACCGGGCCCGGGGAGGCCGGAACUGACGAGGGGCGGGGAACGGAUGGCAGCAGAGAAGCCUUUGUUGGUAUAGUGGAAGUUUUGGAGGCUGUCGAAACGAUUGCCAAUGGAGACGCGCGCACUGCGUUUAAACCGCUGGGCGAAGCGCUCCUCCGCGCCGCACAGGCCCUGCAGGACUCGCUCUCAGCCGGCCCGGAGGUCGCCGAGUUCGUGGAGCUGCUCGACGCAGUGCUGCUCACCGUGCGCGCCGCACAGACCGCCCCGCGCCCGCCACGUGAGCUCCGGAGGGCGUUUCGUCGGCGGUCGGCGGCUGAGGGGCUGGCACCAGUGUGCAGGGACUAUAAGAUGAGGGUGGACGAGUUCGAGCGGCGGUGGGUGGAGGCCGGAAACAGGCCGACGGAUCAGGAGGAGGGGAAGACAGCCGGCCUAGGGGAUGAGGCCGAAUACGGAGACGAAGAGCUCGACCCACUCGCGGCACAAACCGCCGCCGCACGUGCCCUCGAAGCCUCCAGCGACCCCGCUGGCGCUCUUCCACUAUACACCGCCGUCCUCGCUGCCCACCGCGCCACACACGGCCCGGACAACCCGGCCACGCUCCUCGCGGCGGAGGACGCCGCCCGGGCGCACCGCGCGCUGGGCGAGCACGCCGCGGCGAGCACACUCGAGCAGGAUGUGCUGGACCGGCGGGCGGCGGCACUCGGGCCGGAUCACAUGGACACGCUCAGGGCGGCGGAGGCGCUCGCCCGGACACGCGCUGCACAGGGGGAUUUCCACGAGACCGAGCGGCUUGAGGCAGACGUUCUAGAAAGGCGGACAAGGUUACUCGGUGCUGAACACGCGGAUACCCUGAGGGCGGCGGGCAACCGCGCGUCCACGCUGCACGCACUGGGCCGGUUCGCGGAGGCGCUGGUGGUCGAGGAGGACGUCUUAUCUCAGCAGACGCGGCGCAUCGGGCCGGACGCGACCGACACGCUGGUUGCGGCGGCCAACCUCGCGAGCACGUUGCGCGCGCUCGGCCGGCUCGUUGAGGCGCGCUACCUCGAGGAGGACGUCCUCCGGCGGCAGCGGCGCCGGCUCGGCCCGGACGCCGACGAGGUGCUCCGCGCAAUGGGCAACCUGGGCAGCACGUGUUCCGUCCUGGGCGACUAUGCGCGGGCGAAAGAACUGGAAGAGGCGGUGCUACAACGGCGGACAGAGACGCUCGGGCCGGACCACCCCGACACGCUGCUCGCGGCGGGCAACCUGGCCGCCACCCUCCACAAUCUGCGGCGCUUCGCCGAGGCGCAGCGGCUCGAGGCAGAGGUCCUGCAGAAGCGCACGAAGCUGCUCGGCGACGAGCACCCGCUCAGUGUGCUCGCCGCGGCCAACCUGUCCGCGACCCUCGUGCAGCUCGGCCGCUGCGACGAAGCGCAGGCGCUUGCGGAGGGGGUGUUGGAGAAGCGAGCGAGGUUGUUAGGUGCAAACCACCCCCAGACGGAGGCGGCGCGGGUGGCGCUCAGGAAGACGAUCAGGGAGGUGCUGUGGUAG